AUGAUGACGCGCAAAGCUAGUGCUCGCUGGGUCCCACGCUUCCGCUCUCUGUCGCCCGCGUCGUCGCCAUCGCUUCCGCAGCUCGUCGCGUUCGCGACCCCUGCCCGUCUCCUUCGCUCCGCCCGUCGCCUUCACUCCCCCCCCGUCACCUUCACUUCCCCCCCUCUUCCCCCCCCUUCCGUCGCCUUCACUUCCCCCUCUCGUCGCCUUCACUUCCCCCUCCCGUCGCCUUCACUUCCCCCUCCCCUCGCCUUCACUUCCCCCUCCCGUCGCCUUCAUUUCCCCCUCCCCGUCGCCUUCACUUCCCCUCCCGUCUCCUUCAUUUCCCCCUCCCGUCGCCUUCACUUCCCCUUCCCGUCGCCUUCACUUCCCCCUCCCGUCGCCUUCACUUCCCCUUCCCGUCGCCUUCACUUCCCCCUCUCGUCGCCUUCACUUCCCCCUCCCGUCGCCUUCACUUCCCCCUCCCGUCGCCUUCACUUCCCCCUCCCGUCGCCUUCACUUCCCCCUCCCCGUCGCCUUCACUUCCCCUCCCGUCUCCUUCAUUUCCCCCUCCCGUCGCCUUCACUUCCCCCUCCCGUCUCCUUCAUUUCCCCCUCCCCGUCACCUUCACUUCCCCUCCCGUCUCCUUCAUUUCCCCCUCCCGUCGCCUUCACUUCCCCUUCCCGUCGCCUUCACUUCCCCUUCUCGUCUCCUUCAUUUCCCCCUCCCGUCGCCUUCACUUCCCCUUCCCGUCGCCUUCACUUCCCCCUCCCGUCGCCUUCACUUCCCCUUCCCGUCGCCUUCACUUCCCCCUCUCGUCGCCUUCACUUCCCCCUCCCGUCGCCUUCACUUCCCCCUCCCGUCGCCUUCACUUCCCCUUCCCGUCGCCUUCACUUCCCCCACCCGUCGCCUUCACUUCCCCUUCCGGUCGCCUUCAUUUCCCCCUCUCGUCGCCUUCACUUCCCCCUCCCGUCGCCUUCACUUCCCCCUCCCGUCGCCUUCACUUCCCCCUCCCGUCGCCUUCAUUUCCCCCUCCCCGUCGCUUUCAUUUCCCCCUCCCCGUCGCCUUCACUUCCCCCUCCCGUCGCUUUCACCUCCCCCAUUUCCCCCCUUUACGCUCUCUUACCCCCUCUGCUCGCCCCUGUUUUCCCGGCUCACUCCUAUACUCACUCUCUCCCUUCCUGCUCACUCUCUUCCCCCCUGCUCACUCUUUUCCCCCCUGCUCACUUUCUUUCCCCCUGUUCUCAUCCCUCUUUCCCCCUUUCUCACCCAUUUCCCCCCUGCUCGGUCUAUUUCCCCCUGUGCUCGCCCCUAAAAUCCCCUGCUCACUCCCUUACCCCUUGUUCACUCUCUCCCCCUCUGGUCACUCUCUUUCCCCUUGUACUCACCCCUCUUUCCACCCUGUUUUCUCUCUAUUCCCCUUUGUUCAACCCUUUUUUCCCCCCAAGUCCUCUCAUUUCCCCUCCUUAG